AACUAAUUCCAAUUCCAUAUCAAAGCUCCGAGCAUUUUUACUCAAGCUGCUGCAGCAGUUAAUCUUUGUGAAGAAUUUGUUCUGAUCUGUUUUUGAGUUCUGGAGUUGGGGAAAACGGAGAGAAGAUAUUUGUUUGCUUGAUUCCACAUGACAACUCCAGGGUAACUGAAUAGACUGUACGGUUGGUUUGACAAGGCUGCGCCCGCGCCAGCAGCCUCACAUACCAGAGACCGGGGGAUGGAAGGGGAACUGACAGCCCUAAUGGAUUUUAUCAGAAUUUCUCUAAAGACCGACAAUUUGCCUUCAAUUAUUAAUGUUUUUCCGAGGUUUCUCUUCUGAGAGGCAUCCCAAGCACUUCGUGCCAUCCAGUCUGCAGAGCAUGGCAGCACAUCUGUGAGAUUAUGGCUGAGGAAUGAAGUCUUGAAAUAUGCUGCAGAUUUAUUCUUCGUGUUGAAUGGACGGCUGAUGGACAGGAUUGUUUCUGUUUUGCCCUCAUCUAACUCCUUCGAGCACAUGGUGUGUGCAGAGGCCUGGCUGAGUGGCAGCAAGUGCCACCAUGCACCAUUUAUUUGGGCUGGUUUUGGCACAAAGGGACCUUUCACGUGCAGGGGAUCUUUUCUCCUUGGAAGAUGCUGAAAUCGAAGGAAGCCUCUCUGAAGCUCUUGAACAAAUAAGGACAAUUAGUUCAUCUGCUGACUACCAAACCAAUGACAACGACCAGGCCGUUGUGGAAAUCUGCAUCACUCGCAUCACCACUGCCAUCAGGGAGACGGAGACCAUAGAGAAGCAUGGGAAAGCCCUGGUGGCUCUCUGGGAGUCGUGUCUGGAGCACAAUCUGAAGCCUUCUGGCAAAGACGAGGACACGCCGCAUGCGAAAAUUGCAUCUGAUAUCAUGAGCUGCAUCUUGCAGAAUUACAGCCGCCCUUCGGUGAUGGCCCUGGCCGUCCCAGUGGCAGUGAAAUUCCUUCAGAGGGGCAAUAAGGAGCUGUGCAGAAACAUGUCGAGUUACCUCUCCCUGGCUGCCAUUGCUGAAGCAGAGCUGCUGGCUGAUCACACAGAUGCCAUUGUCAAAAGUGUCCUUCAAGGGAACUCGCUGCUGCUGCGUGUCCUGCCUGCCCUAUAUGAGAAGCAGCCACAGCCGAUGGCGCACCGCCUGCCCGAGCUUCUGGCACUGAUGGGCCACCUGCAGCCAUCCGAGCAGCAGCACCUCCUGCGGCUGCUCCAGCUCAUGGCACGGAGGAAAGAGCUCGGGGUGCUGAAAGAAUGUAUUCUGUGUCUGUUGGGGCUUGUGAGAGACCCCAACCACAGUGACAUUAUCCUAAACAUACUGACAGAAGUAUCUGGCUAUGACCCAACGGCCUUGGCUGCGUUUCUUCCAGAGCUAAAAGAAAUUGGUGAGAGUUUCCCACAUUUGAUUGGGCAAACAGCGAAGAUCUUUGGGGCUGUUGGACGCGUUGAUGAGGAGCAAGCCAGGAAGUGCCUGAUGUAUUUGGUGAACCAGCUGGCCAACAUGGAGCACUCUUUUCACCACAUCCUUUUGCUGGAAAUUAAGAGUCUCACUGACACGUUCUCUGGCAUCUUGGGCACCCAGAGCAGAGACAUCUACCGCAUGAGCAACAGCUUCACUGCCAUAGCCAAGCUCCUGGUCAGGCAGCUGGAGAACAGCAGCUCAGCAUCAGCCAGGACAGAAAAUGAUACAGACACGGUAUCCCCUGUGCCACUGGGCAAUUUAAAAUCUGUUGUGAAUGGAAAUGAAGAAGAUGAAAAACUUCAAGAGAAAAUACAGGCUUUUGAAGAAAAAAUAAAUAUUGACACCAGUACCCCUGGCUCAGUGAGAAGAUACAGCUUAGGCCAGGUUUCUAAAGAAGAAAGGAAGGAUAUGAGAUUUAACAGGUCCAAGAGCCUGGCUUUGCAUGCAGUCCGCAUGAAGGGGGUGAACACAGACAGCGGGCGAGACGAGGAGAAUGGGGAUGUAACAGCUGGGAUCUCCUUCACCGAGAUCUACGACAGCCAAGAAAAUGACAAGUUGCCUUUCAGUGUCGAUGCUGAAGAAAUGCAACUGGGAAAUUCCUUGGUUUCACACCAGAGUAUCGAUUGCACAGAAUCAGAAGGUUCUCCAGCACCUGCUGGAGGAGAGGCCCAGGAAGGAAGCGUGGUGCUGGGGAAGGGUCCUGCGGAGUGCCACGACAAGCUCUACCUGCACUUGAAGGAAAACCUGGGUAAAGUGAAAGCAUACGUCAUGGAGAUGGGGAGGAGGAUUCCCGUCCCUGACCACUGUGUUAUUGAAGAUACCAUGAGAAGCUGUGUAGCAAAGCUGUUCUUCAGCUGUCCCCUGAAGGGCCACUACUGCCUCUACAGCAAAUCCAGCUUCACACUGCUCAGCCAUCAGCCUCCACUGUGGAUCCACAUCAUGUUCCUCUUCCAGCAGAGCCUGUUUGCUGAACCUUUGUCAAUGCAGAGUAGUUCAGUGCAAGUCCUCAAGGCCCUAUGGGAGAAGACACAGCUCAAGGGGACACACAGUUUUGAAACUGCCAUGAUCCAGUCUACAUUCCCACACCAAAAGUCCCCAGCGCGCUGGUUGCACAAUCCUGCUGCUCUCAGAGAGGCAUUCAGCCUGUUUGGGGAACUCCUGGCACUGCCCAACAGGAAGAGCAUCUCCCAGUUCCUGAAGUAGUGGGGCUGAAAAAUGAGAUGCUGAUCACUUGUGACGGAAUGGAUGGGCAGAGGGAGCUCCAGGAGAUGCUGGUUAUGGGAAGAGCUCCGGAGGCCAAGGACUGUUGGACUGAUGUGAUGCACCUGAAGGGGAAUGGCUUCGGCGGUGCUCCCCGCAGCGUGCUGCUGCAACUACUUCCUCCAUUUUUGUUUUGCAUGUAAUGUAGAAUCUGAAUUUGGGUUCCGUGAUGUUUCUGUUGAGCAACUGUGUGAAGUUUGAUGGAGCUCUCAUGGACGGGGACCUGGGCCUGCUGGGUGGAAGGAGGGUUCCUUUACCUUUAUCUGCCAAAACCUGAUGGGAACACUCAUGGUGUGACCCAGCCAUCGCUCUGCCCAGCAGGCUGUGCUUCCCAAAAACCUAAUGCUUUGGUGUCCAAAGUCUUCCUGUCACCAAUGGACUCCAAAAUAGCGAAUGAUUUGACAAAACAAUUGCUGCUAUUAAUCCCGCUCCUCUUCUAAUAGCACAGAAAGCAGAUUUCUGGAUGCUUUCCUUUAAAAUGUUUUGAAAUCUCUUGAUGACGUUUGGAAUACGCUGAGAAUGAACACCGUGUUCUCUACCCAAGUCUACCCACCCCGUGUUACAGCACUGUUCGAAUGGCUGUGCCAGAACUGGGGAUGCUGCUGGUGAUGUGGGAGCACGCAGGGAACACUGCAGGCUGGCAGCCAGCAGGCACCCAGCAAAGCCAAUGCUGUGACCUCUGCUCCACUAUAAAUCAAUGCAGACGUUUCCUUGAUGCGUGUUCGAAAGAGUGUUGCAAACCAGCAGGAAAAGCUAUUGCACCAGUGAUUUAUCCCAAAGUAAAUUCUGAGCAGUAUUUCCAGCUUCACCUCGCUGUCGGAAUUCAGAACUGGGCCAACCAGUGUGUGCAAGGAAUUGCAGCAGAUGCCUUGCAGUGAGAAUGCCCGUAUUGCUGGGCAGUGCUGUCCCAAAAGCCAAAUGGACAACGGGAUCGUGCCACAAAAAAUAUUGAUUCAACACAGCUCAAAACGUGCCGGGAGUAAAGUGCUUCCAGAUGUGCAUCCCUACAGAUCUCCAUUCCGCUGCCUCUCUGCUCUCUACCCAGGAGUACGAAGGCUGUGCUGGUUGCAGCUGUGCAGAGUGUGUUGUGUUGCAUCGUGGUGUGUCAGAGCAGACAUUUGGUUCCCUCUGAGUGCCUCUUGCUGAGCAGCUUUGCAGGGGAAUAAUUCACAUUUUUAAGCCACUGUUGGCUCUGUCCUUCUCUGCUCUUUGUCUGCCUUCUCCCUCUGUGCAGCAGAAUGAGGUGCUGCGUUCUCACAGUGCGGUCACUGACGUUUCCCAGAUGAUGGAGGGCAGGAUGAGAUGCAUCUCUCCUCUCCAGUGAGUCAUUUUCCCCAUGCUUCAUCUCCCAGAAUCAGCUCCUUGUUUUGGCAUACAAGGAAUACAGAGUGAAAAAGGACAACGGCUGCCUCAGUAUUUCCCCAACAUUUGCCUUUCACAUGGCUCAUUGAAGACGUUGGAAGGUUUCCCUCAGGAUCCCAGGCUUGUUGUUCAGCUCCAUCCUCACAGUGCCCUGCACAGACCCACUGGGAGCAGUGCCCCAUGUGCUUUGUCCACCUCACAGCCCCCAGGUGGGUGGGAGGAUGGUAGGGGAGGCUGUGCACCUCUCCCAUUGCACAGCACAGCAGCCAGACACGCUCCUGAGCUGCAUGCAGUUCCUCUUCAGGGGGCAGUAAGCACCUCAGCAAUGCAGACAGAGCAAUGCAACCACAUUGUGCUGUGAUGUGCAGUGCCCUGGGGCAGGGCACACAGCCCUUCCUGCCCCAGCAGAUAGAAAAGGUGAGAAUAGCACAGCUCCCCUUUGCUCAGUGGGGUGAGCCCAUAUCCCUGGCAGCACAGGGUUUUGUUCCCAUCUACUGCAUGAAUUCUUGUUUUCUUUGGGCUGUGCUGCAGACUGGUGAUGCUCCUGAGGAAACAAGCAGGAAUGUUUUCUGAGCCUUCCUGCCUGCUCCUUCUGCACAGAGAGCAUUGUGGUGGUUGUUAUCUGACGUCCAUUUAAAUGUGAGGUCAUCAUCUUUAUAAAAAUUAAAUGGUGGGCUUUAAAUGACAACAAAUUACACCAUGUUUUAAUGGCCUCAGACAGAGCAUCUCCUGGCUCCUUCUGGAGCUGCAGCUGAGCUUUCUGCAGGCCUUUCAUAGAGUCAGGCAUCACCUUGGCUUUUUGGCCCAGCCCUCACUUUGCUGCCUGCUCUCAGUGGAAGGAUAGCAUCACAUGUACCAGGAUGUGUUUUGUGCAGGAUAAAUCCAUCCUGUUGUUGCUUCAUUUCUGGAAACAUUCACAUUGACAUUUUAAAAUGUUAUUAUUAUAGUGCUUCUUGUAUGGGGCGUGGGUUCAGAACUUUCUUCCUUAUAAACAACAACAACAACAAAAAGAGAACAGAAAAAGGUUAAGAGCAGCCACUCCCUCUGGUUGCACUGGGAACCCAUGGACAGAUCUGACCUGUCAGACAGGAGGUCCCCAGCAUGUGGAACCACUGCCCUGGGGGUCCUGGAGAACACUGAGGGCUGGAGGAAAGAAGGAGCUCAGCUGUGGGCUCUGGUGGAAGGGAGGUGGAAAGCACUCAGCCCCACAAUUUGCUUCUAGAGAGCUGUUGCAGUGGGUGCUGCCAAUGGCAGAGAGAGAUGUCCUGCUCAGCAAUUUACCUGGGCAGGCUGUUUUUCAGCAUGAGACCAGUGAGAGAGGGCACUUGUCAGCUCCUGCUGUGAUGCAGGGUCCUGAAGCAUAAGGGGGUUUGG